AUGGAUGAAAAUGAUGAAAAUUUAGUUGUUAAUAAUUCUGUCAAACAGAUAAGGAAAUUUUUGAAUAAUAAGAAAUGCCAAGAAGCAAUUGGACAUUUACUUGAAAUCAGUAAAAGUGAAGUUUUGGAUCAAUGUUCUUGGGAAUUAGUUCCUGCUGUUGUCGAGUUUUUAAAUGAAAAUAAUUAUUUGAGUAAUCGUGAUGUGUUUAACACUUGUGAAAAAAUUCUGGAAAUAGUCGCCGACAAUUGCAAUGCUAAUGAAACAGUUUUGUUAUUUUUAGAACAAGUUGAAGAUCUUGAAAAUGACAUUAGAUUUUGUGGUUUGUUAAAGCCAUUGGCAAAAUCUCUGGAUAAAGCUAAUCUUGAUAAAGUCAUUGAAUGGGUUGUCAGUACAAUCAUAGCGUACUGUGAAAAUUUGCCAUCACCGGAUAAUGUUAAAUUAGAGGAAUUCAAUGACAAUGGGUUCAAGGAGGAUAAAGAUCCAGUAAGCGAAAGACUCACUUCAACAUAUCAAUCAAUUUUAUCUUUUUCAGAACAUGUUAUCAACAGAAUCAUCAGUUUAAAGUCAAAUCACAUAAAACUAUCAAUGCAACUGCUUAACUUGUAUCUGAGUCUCUUUGGAAAAUCUUUUUCUAAUUUAAAUAUUAAUAAAGGUGAAGCAUAUUGUAUGUUUGAAUCGUCAAUUAUUCAGAUGAGUCGACUAACUGGUGACUUAUUGAAAUUUUUAAAAUUUAUCGAAGAGCGUAACAAUGAACAAAUAACAAAAAAUAUUGAAGAACGGAAAAUAGAUUUGGAUAAUAUUCAAAGUCUUGAAAAUCAAUUGUUCCAAGUUGAGAUAAAUGAUUUAGCAUACGCAAAUUUUUAUUUCAUACUUAUGACUUCAGAGAAACUUAACUAUUUGAUUCCGAAAGUUUAUCAUCCACAUUAUCUGAUGAAUAUACUUUUCUAUCUUGGUAAUUGUUUAUUGAAACAACCAGAAUAUAUUUUAGUAUCAAAAGGAUUAAAGCUUAUUGAUAAUACUUUAAAAAAGAUUGAUAUUGAAUCUAUCUCGUACAAAUCUACAGAAUUGACAAUACAUCAUGAUUUACUUUCGAGUUUAUCACAAAUAAUGAUUUUCUGUGACUCGGUGCCUGAACGAAAAAUGGCUUUAAAUAUUUUUCGUCAACACAUUAAACUUUUUUCCAUGAAAGGACGAUAUUUAUUGAUAAUUCAUUUAUAUGAAACAAGCAAGAAUUCUGGUUUACGUGCUUUAAUAAUAAGUAUUUUAAAAGAAUUAAUAAUUACAUCGUUGGAUACUAAAUUACCAUGUGAAUACUUUAUUGGUGAUAAAUUAGCAGCAAUUUUACAACGUAUUUGUAAACUUCCAAAUGAAAGUAAAUCUGAUUUAGUAGAAAUUUCUGAUGAAAUAAUAACCACCUUGAAUUUAUUAAGAUUUUUAAUUUUGAGGGAUAAAAAUAACAUUACGAACAUAUGGACGGUAUUAAAAAGUAUAGAAAUUAAUUAUCUAGAACCAUUGAGAAAAGGAAUUGAACUUUCACGCGCUCAUUGGGAGAUGAAAAUUCGUGACCUUGAAAAUGAAAAAAAAAUGCUUGGAAAUCAAAAGGAUGAGAUACUAACCGAUAUUAAUGUGAUGGUAGGAGGUGAAAAUUUACCGAAGAUGCCUGUGGAAGAAACAAUCAAAUUUUGUCGCAGUGCUUUGAAUACUCUUGAUAUGAUUGAAUGCAUUUUAACUCGAAUUAACGAAUGUACCCGGAGUUUAUGGACUUCAAGAUUAUUGUUAGCAUCUCAUUUACCGGUCGUUGAAGGAUCAAAAAAAGAUGGAUUUAAAUUUGAGAGUGAAGAAGAGUAUGAGAAGAAUAUAAAAAUAAAAAUUUUAUCCGCAUCGUUGCCAUUUGUCAACGAAUAUGGGUGGAGUCGACAAACGAUUAGUGCUGGGGCGGAAGCUAUAGGGUAUCCUGGAGUAGCUCAUGGGAUGUUUCCGAAAGGUGGAAUAGAAUUAAUUCAAUACUUUUACGCAAAUUGUAAUGCUGAGUUGAAUAAAAUUCUAAAAUCCGAAGCAUUGGCGAUCGAAGAGAAUCCUGCUAAAAAAAAAAAACCACCAGAAGUUUUUGUAAAAGAAGCUUUGGAGAAACGCUUGAAAAUGAUGAUUCCAUAUAAAUCAACCUGGCCUCAAGCAAUUACUUUAAUGACACUUCCACCCAAUGUUCCUAAUGCAUUAGCUAAUAUUCUCACUUUGAUAGAUGAUAUAUGUUACUAUGCGGGUGAUAGAUCCGUUGAUUUCAAUUGGUACACUAGGAGGAUUGUUCUUGCUGGAAUCUAUAAAACAACAGAGCUUUUUUUACUUCAAGAUAGCAGUGAAAAUAAUCAACAAACAUGGGAGUUUUUAGAACGACGAAUACAAGAUGCUUAUCAAAUUUACAGUUUAUUAAAUGUAGCUUCUGAUUUGCCACCACCUGAUCGAGUUAUUAAUCGCGCCACUGAAGCAACAACUGCUGUUUUCGUAACGAAAUUUUUAGAAGACUGUCCGAAAGAAAAGUAG